CUCUCCGCGCGCGCCCCCGCCUUGCCGGUGAGCCUGUUUGGCGGGAAGUUGGCUUAGUUGGCCUACCUGUGGCUCCGCGGGUUCUGUGGUCCCCGCCUUGUUUUUCCCCAGAAGCUUCUCAAUCUUUCGUCGGUCAUCUCGGCAUAAGGCAUAGUACCCCUUCGCACGGAGGACGCCAUGGCUCCCAGGAAACGCCCAGAAACCCAGAAGACCCCCGAGGUGGUUGUGCGCCCCAAGAGCAAGAGGAACAGAAGCCCCUGGGAGCUGGAGCCCGAGGCCAAGAAGCUCUGUUUGAAGGGCCCCGGUCCUAGCAGAAGAUUUGACUCAGGCUGCCUUUGGGCGGGGUUGGCUAGCCUGCGGGUCCCGCCACCAUGCAGCAUCGUCAGGGCCCUCCACCAGCAUAAGCUGGGCACAGCUGCCUGGCCAUCACUACAGCAGGGUCUCCAGCAGUCCUUUUUGAACUCUCUGGCUUCUUACCGGAUAUUCCAAAAGGCUGCCCCUUUUGACAGGAGGGCCACAUCCCUGGCGUGGCACCCAACUCACCCCAGCACCCUGGCUGUGGGUUCCAAAGGGGGAGAUAUCUUGCUCUGGAACUUUGGCAUAAAGGACAAACCCACCUUCAUUAAAGGGAUUGGAGCUGGAGGGAGCAUCACUGGGCUGAAGUUUAACCCUCUCAAUACCAACCAGUUUUUCACCUCCUCAAUGGAGGGAACAACUAGGCUGCAAGACUUUAAAGGCAACACUCUCCGAGUUUUUGCCAGCUCAGGCACCUGCAACUUCUGGUUUUGCAGCCUGGAUGUGUCUGUCAGAAGCCGAGUGGUGGUCACAGGAGAUAACGUGGGGAACGUGAUCCUGCUGAACAUGGACGGCAGGGAGCUUUGGAAUCUGAGAAUGCACAAAAAGAAAGUGACCCACGUGGCCCUGAACCCGUGCUGUGAUUGGUUCCUGGCCACAGCCUCCGUAGAUCAAACAGUGAAAAUCUGGGACCUGCGCCAGGUUAGAGGGAAAUCCAGCUUCCUCUACUCGCUGCUGCACAGGCAUCCCGUCAACGCAGCUCAUUUCAGUCCCGACGGUGCCCAGCUCCUGACCACUGACCAGAAGAGUGAGAUCCGUGUUUACUCUGCCUCCCAGUGGGACUGCCCCCCAAGCUUGAUCCCACACCCUCAUCGCCACUUCCAGCACCUGACACCCAUCAAGGCAACCUGGCAUCCUCGGUACAACCUCAUUGUCGUGGGCCGAUACCCAGAUCCUAAUUUCAAAAGUUGUACCUCCCAUGAAUUAAGGACGAUCGAUGUGUUUGACGGAAGCUCAGGAAAGAUGAUGUAUCAGCUGUAUGACCCAGAAUCUUCUGGUAUCAUGUCGGUGAGGCUUGGGCCCUCAAAUAAUAAUGGGAGGAAGCAGGGAUUCACCUUACCUUAUUGCAUCAAAAAUGACCAGAAAUUAAUCCUUAUGUGCCCUUCUCCCAGUACCCUCAUUCCCUCCUCAUGCUUAUCCCCUUGUCUCUGCAGCUCAAUGAGUUCAAUCCCAUGGGGGACACACUGGCCUCUGUGAUGGGUUAUCACAUUCUCAUUUGGAGCCAGGAGGAAGCUGGGAAGCGUAAAUGAGAGACAUUAAUGAAGGUGGGGGCCAAGCAAGGGCUUGGAGCCCCAUGGGAACAAGUUCUGCGAGAAGAGGCGGCUUUGUGUUAAAGGGCCAGAGGUAUCCGAGUCCUUAGGGUUGGAGCAGGGGCACUGGGACUGCGACACUGGGACUGGGACACUGGCAUGUACUGUUCUGGACGUAGCUCCAGAAACUCCAGAGUUGGCGACCCAGCUGCCCCAAGGGUCCUUGCUAUAUCUAGCCUGGAGCCAAGCUUCUCUUUUCUCCUCUCUGACAUGCAGUGGCAGAGGAUCAGGUAGUGGUUUUCGAUUUGUGUUCACUAUUCACAUGGCCAAUAAAACCAUACCCGACUGAG